UCGUUCAUAAUACCUUUCUGACAUAUCCUACUCAUCAUAGAUCGGCAGAUAUAUACAAAAAAGAAAAAAGAAAAAAAAAAGGAAGUAGUCCUCUUUUUUAUUUUUAUUUUUUUAGUUUAUCUGUUGAUUAGGGCCGGAGGAAAGAUUGUUGGGUUGGUUAUUACCUACGUUUUCCCUCCCACCCACCCCUUGCAUGCAUCCCGGUUCGGUACAGUGCCACAUCAGCAGUGCCCCGUCACAGUGCCACGUCAGCAGUGCCACGUCACAGUGCCAGGUCACAGUGCCACGUCAGCAGUGCCACGUCACAGUGCCAGAUCAGCAGUGCCACAUCAGCAGUGCCAGGUCACAGUGCCACGUUAGACUCAGUGCCACGUCAGCAGUGACAUCAGACACAGUGCCACGUAAGCAGUGCCACAUCAGCAGUGCCACGUCAGACACAGUGCCACGUCAGACAAAGUGCCACGUCAGCAACAUGACGGGCCUGCCAGGCCAACUGGCCAAUGAGCCCAUUGCCGACUACAAAAAGCGCGUCCAUGCUCAGCUCGCUGCAAUCAAGGCUGAGGAACAACGCCAGCUGGCAGUCAAGGCUGCCCAGCUACAGGCUGAUGAAGCGGCAACAUCAGAGAAGUUGCGGCUACAAGCCGAAGCAGAUGCAGAUGCCCAGGCUCGCCGCAAGGAAGCCCGGGCUCUGCUGCAGCGGCAUGAAGCCAACAGCAUCGAGAAACUCAAGUACUCGCACUUUGAACCGAACGGCGACGAGCCAACACCGGAAGAGCAUCAUAAGGAGUUCAUGGCCAAGCUCGUGAGCAGGUUGGUUUACACAUGUAACCACCUACAGUCCGAGCUGGCAAACCUUCAGCGGGUCGUGCGGAGCCAUAAGAUUGAGCACGAGGAUGCCACACGGGCACUGGACGCCCGUGUACUGGGCCUGGAACAGGCUGUACCAGGACCAGAUGCCGGAGCUUCCAGCAGUGCAUCCUCUAGCCGCCAACUGGAGGAACGCGUUGACCACCGGUUCGAGUUGCUGGACACUAAGAUCAGUCAGCAACAGCAGACUAACCACAGCCACAACAACAGCUCGGCGAGGCCAUACAAGAUGCCGACGUUCCGGAUCGAGAAAUUUGAUGACUACACACAUCAAGAGUCGGUCCUUUGGUGGCAAGGAUUUACAACGGAGUUGGGUAUUCACGAAGUCCCUGACCAUCUGUUCAUCAGUGCUCUGUUCAUCAACACCAAUGGAGGUUGUCAGAUCUGGCUCAGCCACAUGGCAACUAUCCACAACAUCCAGGUUUCAGACUUGUACAAGAAGGUCUCCUGGGAGGACAUGACAAAGGAAUGGAAGAAGCGGUUCAUCGUCGACGACGCCCCGACACUCGCCGUCAACCGCAUCUUCACGAUGGCUCAAGGGAGCACACCGACACGUGACUGGCUCACGGAUUGGCAGAAAAUCGUGGCGACGCCCGAUUUGGACUUGUCAUUUCCGCAUCUGCGGCGUGAGUUCUACAACAGGUCAUGCACCUCUCUCAGCCUCGCACUUGGUGAUCGUGAGCAGUACAGCACUUUCGCAGAGAUCAUCAACAAGGCGAGAGAGCUCAUCAAGACUAACAGGCCGGCUGCAUACGAGAAGUCCACGUGGCAGCCAACCUAUGUGGAGACGAUACGAACUGGUCCGCGACAGCAGCAGUUCGCUGCAGCCCAGUCGGACAGUGGAGAUAACCCAACAGCCACUCCAGCAUCAAGUGACGGAGAUCAGGUGGCUGUUGUCCAACCGCAAAGCAACAACAAGUCCCGCAACAAUGGGAAGGCGAAAUCCGCAUCGCCGGCAGGAAAUGGACAGCCAGGACAAUUUCCAUGGGUCAAGUUUGGCUUGACCGAGGUGGAGUACAAGGUCCGCGGCCGCUACGGCAGCUGCUAUUGGUGCAACAGCACCAAGCACAAGACCUCCCUACUUGAAGAGCUCGACCCGUUGACGUUCACGGACUUCCAGUGGAUGCCCGUUCCCUCGACCGAGCGAUUGCCGAAACCACAUUGCAAUGCGCUCAUGGCACAACUACGGGACUACUUGCACACUGCAGUACCAGCUCCGUUGAUGGACGUCGGAGCAAAGGUUGUCAACCUUCACGCUUACAUCGCGAAGAUCGACCGCGAGUUCAAGACAGAACGGUACGACGACAUCGACACACCAUUGCUAUAUGUAAGCAUUCAGAUUGGAGAGGCGACCUGCAGUGCCUUGAUCGAUUGCGGAGCAUCUCGCAACUACAUCAGCCAGGACUUCAUGGUACGCACCGGCCUUGGCCCACGUGUCCGGAGGCAGUCCCAGCCUACGCAAGUCACCCUGGCAGACGGUCAUACGCACAAGUCCAUCGACCGGUGCAUUGACGCCGUCCCAGUGUACUUUGCCCCUCACGCAAGUGAGGCGGUGUCCUUUGACAUUCUGAACACCAAAUUCGAUAUGAUCUUGGGCAUGUCAUGGCUGCGAAGCAAGGAUCACCCGGUGAACUUCUUCAACCGCACCGUUCACGUUCGUGACCGGAACAGAGUAUUAGUUCCAUGCACGUUGCCUCUUCCUCAUGCUUCGAUCAACUGCCACGUGGUAUCCGCCACAAGCAUGCGAGCUUCCAUCAUCAGAGACGACAUCGAGGAGAUGGGGGUGUGUUUUCUCCACGCCCUCCCGCCCCAUGACGCUUCAUCGAUGGACUCACCUUCGGAUCCACGCAUCACCGAACUGCUCGACGCCUACAACGAUGUGUUCGAAGGCCCGCACGGAGUAGUACCGGAUCGACCCAUCCGCCACGAGAUCAUCCUCGAGGACGGGGCCUUCUUCUCUAAGCUGGAUCUCAAGUCAGGGUACCACCAACUCGAGAUUCGCAAGGAGGAUCGCUACAAGACCGCGUUCAAGACACGGUAUGGGCAUUUCGAAUGGCUGGUCAUGCCAUUUGGCCUUACGAAUGCCCUAGCCAAUUUCCAAGCGGCUAUGAUGACGGAGUUCCGACACAUGCUGGAUCGUUUCGUACUUAUCUACCUCGGCGACAUUCUGGUUUACAGCCGGAGUCUGGACGAGCAUAUGGAACACCUGCGCACCAUUUUGGAGCAACUACGACAGGCCAAGUACAAAGCAAACCGCGACAAGUGCGAGUUCACACAGCAGGAGCUGGAGUACUUGGGACACUAUGUGAUGCCGCAAGACAUCCAUCCGCUUGCGGACAAGAUCGAGGCCCUACGAGUAUGGCCCGAGCCCACCAACACCACGAACGUUCGUUCAUUCAUGGGGUUGGCGGGCUACUAUCAGCAAUUCAUCACCGGAUACUCCAGGAUUGUUGCACCUAUGAUGAGGUUACAGUCGCCAAAGAUGCCAUUCGUAUUCGAUGACGAUGCACGCCGGUCAUUCCAAUCACUUAAGACGGCUAUGCUCAUGGCACCCGUCCUUAGCAUCUAUGACCCCACCCUGCCAACGCGAGUGACUACGGACGCUUCCGGUUAUUGCAUUGGGGCAGUCUUGGAACAGCACGACGGCGACGACUGGCACCCUGUGGAGUAUUUCAGCCACAAAGUGCCUCCCAUCAACUCGCUUGAUGAUGCAAGGAAGAAGGAGCUGUUCGCAUUCGUGAUGGCUCUCAAGCGCUUGCGGCACUUCCUCCUUGGGCGUCGUAGGUUCACAUGGGUCACAGACAACAAUCCAUUGACCUACUACAAGACGCAGGACACGGUGAGCAGCACGGUCGGACGAUGGAUGUACUUCAUCGACCAAUUUGACUUCACACCGAAACAUGUCCCCGACCUCUCCAAUUGCGCAACAGAUGCACUCUCGCGAAGACCUGAUCUUUGCGCUAUGUCACAUCAUGCCUUCACAUUCGACGAGGAGUUUCAGCAACACUUCAUCCGGGCAUAUCAGUCUGAUCCGGACUUCGGCACGCUCUACGCACAACUAUCUUCGGAUCACCCACCGGCCAGCCAUUACCGCAUUGUCGACGGGUACUUGCUCCUCCACUCGAGAGGCAAGGACUUACUAUGUGUCCCACGCGACCGUCGUCUUCGGACUCGCCUCCUCGGCGAGUACCAUGAUUCACGACUCGCCGGCAAUUUCGGAGUCAACCGCACUAUUGCACGGCUUCGACAGCGAUUCCGAUGGCCCGACCUCAUUGCCGAUGUCACCCGGUAUUGCGACUCUUGCGAAGUUUGCCGACGCAGCAAGCCCCGCAACCGUAUUCCCUAUGGCAAGUUACACCCGAUGCCUAUCCCACGGGAACCCGGUCUCUCCAUUGCCAUGGACGUCACCGGUCCGUUUCCUCGCGACCGGCUCGGGCACGACGGCAUCCUGACRGUUGUGGACCGAUUGAGUAAGUACGCGCGUUUUCUCCCUUGCAAGUACUACUCCACGGCUCCCGAGUUGGCACGCCUCCUGCACACUGGUUGGAUUUGUGGCCACGGUGUACCAGAAGACAUUGUCAGCGACCGCGACACUCGUUUCAUGUCGGUGUUUUGGACAGCUCUCAUGCAAGAGUCCGGCACAACAAUGAAACCAAGUUCAACUCGACAUCCUCAGACAGACGGGCAGACGGAGCGGGUACAUCAAACCGCUCCAAUGAUGCUUCGUACGCUCAUCCGUCCGGACCAGAAAGAUUGGGUUGACCGCCUCCCCGACAUCGAGUUCGCCUACAACACUUCGGUGCAUCCGGCGAUCGGCGUGACUCCAUUCGAGUUGCACCACGGUGGACGGAAAGGACGGAUCUUCGCAGACCUUCUCCUCCCUCGACCAGCCGACAUUGACGCUGCCUGCCUUCCCGCUUCCGUCCGGAAGUACAAGGAAUUGCUGACUCAAGCCCGCGCAAAUAUGCAAAAGGCUCAAGUCCGCAUGCAGCAGCAAGCCAACAGGCGUCGCGUACCGUGUCCCAUCCGCGCCGGUGAUCUGGUUUGGGUCUCCGUGGAAGAGUUUGCACUGGAACAGGAUGUUUCACGCAAACUGUUUCCCAAGUGGUUUGGACCUUGGUCUGUGAAAGCAGCCGCGGGCGAUGAGCCCGAUGGCCCUUCAUUUGUGGUCAACAUUCCAAAGCAUCUGACGGUCCAUCCAGUCUUCCACGCCUCGAAGUUGGCAACAUACACGCUAGCCAAGAGCGACGACUUUCCGGACCGACGAUCGCAGGACCCUCCUUUUAUGGAUGGCCAUCAGGAAGUUGACCGCGUCAUCUCCGAUCGCAAGUACGGCAGCAAGCCGCGGCAGUACAAAGUCACAUUCAAAGCAUGCGAUCGCGACGACACUCGGUGGAUUUCAGGCGCAGAUUUGAAAGCAUCCCCACCGCUGAUCUACGCGCAUUAUGAAAAGCAGAGGUUAGCUCAGGAAGCUUCACGACCAGCCCCUCCCACYCGGACUGUGGUCCCUCCCUCAGACAGACAGCUUCGCCCUCGCAGGUAAGCUCGGUUCUUCAAGGAGGGGGGGGUGUGGCAUACUGCGUAGCCACACGG